CUUUACCGUUGUACCACGCAAGCGGUACCAUCGUAAAUAUUUGUUGAAUAUUUGUCAAACAUUUUCUGAUUUUUAUAAACAAUAAACAGACAUGGAAUCAGAUUAUGAUGAAGAUCGAGGGGGUUGGGGUGAUGAUAUGGGCAGGGGUGGCCCGGAUGAUUUUGGAGGUGACGAUGGAGUCGAUAAUCCUCAGGAGGUACUCAAGGAAUGUCUUGAUAAAUUUAAAACGCCGGACUACAUAAUGGAACCAGGAAUAUUCACUCAGCUAAAACGAUAUUUUCAAGCCGGCGGUAAUCCCGAACAAGUUAUCGAGCUCCUGUCCCAGAAUUAUACAGCAUGUGCGCAGAUGGCUAAUCUUUUAGCUGAAUGGCUCAUUCUUGCUGGUGUAAAAGUAACCGAUGUUCAAGCUAUGGUUGAAAAUAAUUUGAAGGACAUGAUCCUUAAAACUUUUGAUCCAAAAAAGGCUGACAAGAUUUUCACCGAAGAGGGUGAGACACCUGCGUGGUUGACGGAAAUGAUACAACAUCCGACAUGGAGGUCGCUUAUUUAUAGGUUGGCCGAAGAAUAUCCUGAUUGCUUGAUGUUGAACUUUACGAUAAAGCUCAUUUCCGAUGCUGGAUUCCAAGGGGAGAUAACAAGUAUUUCUACAGCUGCGCAACAAAUAGAAGUCUUCUCGAGAGUAUUAAAAACAGCGAUAGCUGGUUUCCUUCAGAAUACCGAAGAUUGGCAUUCCAGCAUACAAGAAUGCGCUAAAAUGGUCUGUCAUGGACAACACACGUAUGUUUACAGCCAAGUAUUAUUACAAAUUCUGGCGCAAGAACCUCGCGGCGGAUUCACCAUGAAAAGACUUUCUCAAGAGAUCACCAAAUGCGCUCAGCAGAAUCGACACGACGUUACGCCUAUAACGAUGGCUCUGAACGGGGCUGCCGGUAGUCCAAGUGCCUGCCAAGCUCUGGGUUCGAUGUUAUCAAGAAAUACUUUGAAUCCGGCAGACAUCACAGUGCUGUUUAGAAACUAUUCGAACUCUGACCCUCCUCCCGUCGAGUUGAUUAGAAAUCCGCAAUUUUUAGAAUUACUCGUUGAUGCGUUAUUCAAACCGGGGGUCAAGGUCAAUCCCGAACACAAAUCAAAGUAUAUAUACCUCCUCGCCUAUGCGGCAAGUGUCUGUGAAAUUCCAGCAAAAAAAUCAGCUCAGCGUAGGAUUAACAAGGACGAAUUGAAAACGACCAUUCAAGCUAUCGAGAAAGUUCAUAAUAUAUGCAAUAUCAAUAAAGGAUCAACCGAACUAAUCGCCGAACUUAAUACGCUAUAUCAGUGUAUCAGGUUCCCUGUAGUCAGCGUUGGUGUGAUUAGGUGGGUCGAAUGCACCGUCACGGAACCAUCUUAUUUCAAAUUGAGCACCGAACAUUGUCCGAUUCACUUAGCCCUUUUGGACGAGGUCGUAGCAUGUCAUCAGUUGUUGCACCCAAAGGUAUUACAACUGCUGGUGCAGCUCUUCGAAAGCAAACAGGAUGAACUGGAAAUUCUUGUUCAGUUAGAGAUGAAAAAAAUGCUGAUUGAUAGAAUGGUGAAUUUAUUGAGUCGUGGAUGCGUUGUGCCAGUUGUUUGUUAUAUCAAGCAGUGCUGGCAGCGUGGCGACACAGACGUUUCCCUCAUCAGGUACUUUGUCACAGAGGUACUAGAGGCCAUUGCGCCUCCAUACACCUCAGAAUUUGUGCAACUGUUUCUACCAAUGGUAGAAAAUGAGGAAAUAACAGGGACCAUGCGAGGUGACGGAGAUAACGACCUCGUUUCUGAAUUUAUAGUACACUGUAAGGCGCAUGGUACAGCUGUGAGAUGACGACUGAAAAUUUAACAGCAGGUAUCACGCUUGAUGAAUAAUUUGAAUUUUCAGGAAAGAAACUUUACCGGCUGUACGAAGAUGUGUUUAUUUUACAUCGAUUGGUAUUAUCUUACAUAAAUUACUUUUAUUAACAUUUACUCAUCCGAUGAACUUUUCUAUCGUGACAUGGCUCCAUUUAUUUAUGACUCUGAAACAAAGAUAUCAAUUUAUUUAACAUGCAAUUGUUGGAUAGAUGAUCAUAUUAUGGUUUAUAUUCCGUAAGUGUUCUUAUUUAUUUUUUUAUCUCAACUCUACUCAUCAAAUCAAUGGAAUCCAAAUUUAAAAUUUCAAUUUAAACGAAUCAUUUUUCUCAUCUCAACUCAUGCUUGUGAAUCACAAGGUACACAAAUGAUUAGAGUCAGAAUUUUGGGCUGCGCCAUAAUUCAUCAGAAAAUAGCAGUAGAGGAAUUGGUACAUGCAAAUUCAACAGGGCACACUGGUAUGAACAUAAAAUUGGUCUUGUUACUUGAAAUUGUUAGUUCAAACUGUCGCAAGAAUCAUGUCAGGACCACAUCAAUCUCAAACUCUUUCAAAUCUUUGAACUUACGUAUCGACGAAUCUAGUAUUUAUCAGCUGUGAAAAUACAAUAUCAUUCAACCAAUAUGAAAAAAGAAUAAUAAGUAACCUAAUCUUAUCUAAUCCUAUAGGCCCUUUGUGUUUGUUUCUAAUAGAGAAGAACAAACUUUUGGAAAG